AUGAAGCAGCCACCAGGAUAUGAAGAUCCGACACACCCGGAUCAUGUUUGUCAUCUGCAGCGCUCUUUAUAUGGGCUUAAACAGGCCCCGCGGGCCUGGUUUAAAAGGUUACAUGACUUCUUGAUUCUUGCAGGUUUUAAGUCGUCGAAGACUGACGUUUCUUUGUUUCACUACACCGCCGAUACAUCUCGGGUAUAUCUACUUAUUUAUGUAGAUGAUAUCAUCAUGAUGGGCAAUGAUGAGACGUUGAUAAACACCUUACUACAACGACUUGCCACCGCCUUCAAGAUCCGUGAUCUUGGCAAACCGGGAUUCUUUUUAGGGAUUGAAACCAUAGCAGUCAAUGGAGGCUUGAUUUUGUCACAGAGGCGGUACAUGACGGAUCUGCUCAAUCGUGCCGGGAUGCUUGACUGUAAGCCACUCACCACACCGGCGGCUGUCACAGUAUCAGUGUCCUCGGACGCCUCUCCCUACGAGAACCCGACUCAAUACAGGCGUAUUGUGGGGGCCCUCCAGUAUUUAACGAUUACGAGGCCGGACUUGUCCUACUCGGUGAACCGUUUGUGUCAGUUUAUGCAUGCACCCUCAGACGACCACUGGAGUUUGGCCAAACGGGUGUUACGUUAUAUAAAGGGCACCUUCAACUUCGGCUUACGCAUUGCUCCGUCCACAUCCACGACUAUCCAGGCAUUCUCAGAUUCUGACUGGGCAGGUUGUCCGAUAGACCGGAAGAGCACAAGUGGAUAUGCUGUUUUUCUCGGGACCAACUUAAUCUCGUGGCUGUCCAGAAAGCAGCGUACGGUUACACGUUCAUCCACCGAAGCAGAAUACAAAGCCCUAGCCGAUGUUUCCGCAGAAGUAACAUGGGUGGUUUCUUUACUCCGGGAGCUAGGGCUGCAUUCUUCUCAUCCGGCCACCUUGUGGUGUGACAAUCUUGGAGCGACUUAUCUGUGUGCAAACCCUGUCUUUCAUGCACGGACAAAGCAUGUUGAGAUUGAUUAUCACUUUGUUCGAGACAAGGUCGCCUCAGGAGACUUCGUUGUCAAUUUUGUGUCAACUAAAGACCAGCUUGCAGACAUCUUCACUAAACCGCUGACAGGGCCGCGGUUCACUCAACUUCGUGACAAGCUCAACGUUGUAGCGCACCAACCUUGUGCUUGA